AUGGCAGCGGAUGACGGCGAUUUCCCAUUCGAUUUAUCGCCCGAUGAGGAGCGGCUCCUGAUACGCCUGGUCACAGACGUAGAGACCAAGAAGGAUUCAGUCGCCGCCGCCAUCGACGCGCUGCCUGCACGGUCGGAUUUCGCACCAGAUGCGCCGAUAGACGAUGGCCGCGCUCCGACCGCUGCUGAAGAGGACGCUGCGGCUGAAUCAGCCAACACAUCCACAGCGGCGUUGCUUCGCUCCACAAGCAGCCAGAUUAGCUCUCCGACUUUAAAACGUGCUUCGGAGUGCCCUGAAGAUACCGCGACGGAAGUGCAGUCUGCGCCAGUCCGUGAGGACUUUGAGGACGAGUUCGACGACCACCGCUCCCCGCUGAAAAGGUUCCGCUCGUUUCCGCGGCGCCCGCUGACCGUCUCGGACCUGACAUCGGGCGCCUGGUGUGAGCUGCAGUACUGGUACACGCUGUCGCGGCUCCCCGGUGGGCGGCGGACGCGCACGGCGGCGAUGCAGCAGGGGUCCGCGCUGCACCAGAAGCUCGAGGACGAGGUGCACACGACGGUCGAGGUCGAGGUGCUCAGUCGCGAGGACGGCUUCGGCGUCCGGCUGUGGAACCUGAUCCAGGGCCUGCGCACGCUGCGCGGGACCGGCCUGACGCGGGAGCUGGAGAUUUGGGGCGUGGUGGACGGGAACCUCGUCAACGGCGUGAUCGACUACCUGAGUUACGAGAACCCAAACCCAGAGUUCGAGUUGGAGCUCAGUCAGGAGGAGGCGCAAGAGGAGGCGAAGCAGGCCAAGGUCACAGACUAUUUUGCGUCGACGACGCCCGACAAGGAGAACAAGCCAGAGGGUCCCAAGGUCUACAUUGCUGACGUCAAGACAAGAGGCUCGCUGAGAAAGGUACCCGACUCUGUGCUACGGCCAGCCAAGAUACAGCUGCUACUGUACCACCGCUUCCUCGCAGACCUCGCAGCCGGUCACCUCGACUUUUACAAAGUAUUCCGUCGGUACGGUCUCGAUCCUGAUGCGCCGUUCUCCGACACCUUUCUCGCGCAAAUGGCCGGCUCCCAUGACGAGAUGCUCGAUACCAGCCCGUCCAGCUCCUGGCAGAGCAGCGAGGGCGGGGAUCUACCGUACCGGAGUCUGCGGGAGCUGCUGCCGCUUGUCGAGCGUGAGGUCGGCCUCACGUUCCCCGCGGGCCUCGUGUCGGUCGGCCCCAUGCUGCGCGUCGAAUACGUCCACCGCGGCGACGGGUUCGUGAUCGGGCACCACGACUUUGCGGCCUCACGCUCCGCGCUGGACGGGUACGUGGGCGCGUACAUGGCCUGGUGGCGCGGUGAGCGGCGCGCGGCGGGCGUCAGCUUGGACGAGGCCUUCAAGUGCAGGACAUGCGAGUUUGCGGAUACGUGCACGUGGCGCGCGGCGAUGGACGCCAGGAGGGUGCAGAGCGUGCGAGAGAGGUUACGAGCGGCGGGCUCGAAGAAGCCAGCUACAUGA